AAUUAACCUAAUUGAACGGCGAAGGAAUCAAUUUCGAUCUUUUUCCAUCCAACUCUGGUCUGACGGCGGCCGAGCUCCGCCCCCACGGCCUCCGAUUGGUACGUGCGCUCAGAAGCCCGCCUCCGCAGGCGCCCGCCCCACUGGCCGCCUUGGCCCUCGGCCGGUCAGUGUUGGCGAGGCGAUGGCCUGAGCAGCAUGUCCUACUACAACCUUGCCAUGUUCUCCAACUCGCACCACCCCCGCGGGGCCCAGGCGCACCCCAGUGCGGCGGCCGCGGCCGCCUACUUCGGCUACGGCGGCUACCCGCAGCACCAGCACUUUGGCCCGCAACCGCACUACCACUAUUCGGCUGCGGCCGUGGCCGCUGCGGCUGCUGCCCAGGCCGCCUCGUCGCCAGGACCGGCCGAACUCUCCGCCUGCGGGGGUCUCUUAGCCCCGUCGCCUGACAACCCAGUGCCCAGUCCUUCCGGUUACAGCCAGCAGCAGUCGUUUGAACUGGCCGCCUCGGCCGCUCCCCUGGCCGCUUCUUCGUCGCCCUCUUGGCAUGGCGCCUCACCAAUUUACGCCAGCUCGUGCGCCCGGCACUACGACGAUUGGCCACCAAACGCGGCGAACGCAGUGGCCAUCGCCGGACCAGCUCACUCGCCAAACAGCCCUGGAGGCGCGUACAAAUUCAGCUCGAGCCUGGAGUUCCAGCAGUGUCCGCCGCCUCCGCCACCCCCGCAGCCGCAGGACUUGAGCCAGCUGGGGGCGGCGCCGGGGGCCGGGGGCCAACACCCGUCGCCGGCCGACUCGGGGCUGGCGGGCUCGUCGGACGGCGUGUCGAGCUCUGCCGGCUCGCCGCAGCUGCACGCCGCGAAUCUGCGGCCGGCCAGCGAGCGCAGCCCUUACGAGUGGAUGAAGAAACCCUCCUACCACAACCAGCCCACCCCUGUUGAGCUGCCGGAGGGAGAUCUGCCGGGAAAAACGCGCACCAAAGACAAGUACCGUGUCGUUUACAGCGACCAUCAGCGGCUUGAAUUGGAAAAAGAAUUCCACUACUCGAGGUACAUCACCAUUAGGCGCAAGUCCGAGCUGGCUACCACCCUAGGACUCUCGGAAAGACAGGUUAAAAUAUGGUUCCAGAACCGCCGUGCAAAAGAGCGCAAGCAGGUGAAAAAGCGCGACGAGAUCAUCGCCAAGGAAAAGAUGGAGGCGGUGGUGCAGCUGCAGCAUCCGCUCAUGUGACCAGCGGUGGGCUCCGGGCCGCCCCCGGGUUGCCCCCCGGAGCCUUUCGACUUCAGUGAUUAAACUACUGAUGCGAGUACAAACUGCGCGAGUGCUGCUAACAUUGCGAUCAAAAGUACAUUUUACUACUAGAGGACUCAAGAAGUUUUUGAGUGAUAUAUACGAAUACGACGAGAGCACUUUCACAAAAUUCGAGAGCACAACACAAAAGGAAAAAGCAUAACCGAGAGAUUGGGUGCGUUAUUUUGUACAGGAUUGUUGUUAAUUGUUUACCCUUGUGUAUGAUUUAAUAAUUAUAAUUUUUCUUUUCGAAUUUAUUAUUCGCCACGCAAAAGCUCUCUCUGCGGGGAUGCUUUUCACAUACGCAAAAUCUGGAAAUGUAAAUCUUCCGUCAGAAGCUCAGCUUUCUAAAUUUUCAACACAAAUUUUGAUCUCAUUAUUAUUCUGAUUUUGAAAAGUUAUAAAAAUUUUAAAUUUUGGCUUUUGUGGAUUAUUAGAAAAAUGUUUCAAAGCUGAGGUUCGGAUGGAGGAUAAAAAAAAUGAAAAGUAACAAAUUUCGCCCUUUGAGUCACGUUAAGAGAGAGCGAUAAACAAAGCGAAAUUUUUUCAAGCCAUGGUGUACCAUAAUAGGCAUCUAUAUGUAUACUUUUAGACGACCGUGAAAAUUAACUUAUUACGUAUCAAAAGGCAAAAGCGGGCGCUCGAUUUUGAGAAGAGAGAAAAUGUGCUGAACACCUAACUUCUAUAUUAAUUACAUUAAUUAUUAAUGUUCAAUAAUUUGAUAAUCAAACCAGAGUGAUGUACAUAGAAUUAUGUAAGUUGGAAAAUUGUGACACCGAGUGAGAGGAAUAUAUACAUGUGAAAAAUAAAAAGGAAAAAAUUGACAAAAUAAUAAAAUUGAGAGCCGGCCGUGCAACAA